GCGGCGGUCAGGGAGGAGGAGGGGGACGACGAUCGCGACGAAAAGGACCUCAAGACGUGGUUACUGGAGAUCAAUGAGGCCGACAGCGAUGAGGGCGAUCUGCUUCCAGACGUGCCCUGCGAAGAGGACUCCGGAACGGGCGGGGAUUCGUUCCUGGCCGCCGACGAGCCUUUCAGCACGAUCUCGAAAGCACUCACCGACCUGAGCGUGCAAGAUAUGGCAAAGCAUGCCAUUGACAUAAUCAAGGCAAAGAGGCAGGAGCUGACGAGCCUCCAUGAUUUGGGUUGCUUCCGCAGAUUCCGGCGGAACUUGGCGAAUAACAUCGUGGACACCAGGUGGGUCUUGAAGUGGAAGUACAAGGAGAACAAGCACUUCAUCAAGGCCCGACUCACGAUGCGUGGCUUCAAAGACCACGACGAAAACUUGGCCAUUUUCGCCGGCACGGCAACUCGAUGGGGCCAGCGCGUUGUGAAUGCCAUCACAGCGCAGCAGGACGAUUGGGCACUGUUCAGCUUCGAUGUCAGCGCCGCUUUCGCGAAGGGCCUGACCUUCCAAGAGCUUUCUGAGUUAACAGGCGAACCUCUUCGCGUUGUGCAGUUCGAAUUGCAUCCUGAUGAUAUCAAGUUGUUGAGAGAGACUCCUGGCUACGAGGAUUUCAACCCCAGCACAGAAGUCAUCCAGAUGGUCAAGGCAGUGUAUGGCCUGAAGGACGCACCGCGAGCAUGGCGCAAGAAGUUGCACUUGAUCCUCGAAAGUUUCGGCCUCGAAGCCUUGUACGCGGACCCACAACUGUACGUACUCCACGACACGAGUGUCAAGUUGAACAUGAUUCUCAGUGCGCACGUUGACGACUUGAAGGGUGGAGCCCCGAAAACGGUAGCUAUGGAGUUCCUCAAGCACUUGGAGAAACACGUGGGCACUUGUACACAGGAGUGGGCCAACUUCACACACGUUGGCAUCGAGCACGUGACCAGAGCAGACGGCAUUUACACGCACCAGGAGAAGUAUGUGGCUUCCCUCAGGGAGAUCGACAAGAAGUUCUAUGCCGAAUUGCACGACGAGCAGGCAGUCAGCGUUGAGGCGAAGAGCCACUUCUCCACCCUCCUUGGCGGUGUCGCCUGGCUCUGCCUCACAAUGCCGGCCAUAGCGGUGUACGUGCAAGCACUACAGCGACACGGAGCCGAACCGAGAGCACAGGACCUGAAACGCUUGAACCUUGUCUUGCGGUGGGUCCGCCGGCACAAGGUCGGCAUCCUGUUCAGAAAACUGCCAGGACGCCUCCGACUUGUUGGGGUUACGGAUGCAGCCUUCAAGGCGAUUCCGGACGAGUCAUCUGGACUUGCACUCCGCGGCUGCGUCAUCAUCCUCAACACGGAUUGCGAUUCGACGCCGGCAUCUCCAGGUGGGGCGUGCAACAUCUUGGAGUUCCAGUGCCGGCGCCAACGCCGAGUAGUUCGUUCGACCUUCAGUGGCGAACUGAAUGGGUUGGUUGACACCCUGGAGAUUCUCCUGGUUAUCCAGAUAUGCUUCCACCAGAUUUACCACGGCUGCGCGGCGACAGCCAAGAGCCUGGCGGACGACUUGGACAACGGACGACUCCAACCUCCAGUAGACGCAGCAGUUGACGCCAGGAGCGUGUUCGAUUGCUUGGCCGCCACAGACGUGGGCGAACUCGUUGAGGGCAGUCUUAAGCUGCACGUUCUCUCUCUUAGGGAGCGCCUGCAGUCUGGCACCCUGCGGCGCCUCUUCUGGACGGACACAAGGGAUAUGUUGGCGGACGGCCUCACCAAAGGGUCAGUUCCUCGUGACCAGCUGAUUGCUGUCAGCAACAGAGGCGAAUACCGCACAGCGCACGCCACGGCCAGCACGACCGUGAGGAACGGCCGCAAGCAGACCACUGGCAGCACG